CGUCGGCCCCGUGGACGCGUGGUCGUGUAAGCGGUACCGAGAUUGCGUCUUCUGACUACUGGCUCUCACUGGACCCGCCUGAGCCACAUCGGUUCGGGUUCGGGUUCGUCGCAGACAUGAAAACCCGCAACACUGGAUCCAGCCUGGCAUCCCAACUCGCGCUCCUAUGUCUCGUGUUCCAGGAGGGCAGCCACCGCAAAGUUAUAAACUCUUUGAUUGGCCCUUACAUUGCUUAUGGCGAACGCUUUUACAUGUGCGAACCAAACGGUAGCCUGCUUCCUUGGACAUGGUAUCUGCGCGGUUCUCACUUCAACCCAUAUAAACCAAAAGUGUUACAACUCAUGACAGGCAAUGUGACGGGGGUUGUGCCUUUUGAUGACCGCGGCUGGACGAAAAUAGUUGUGGAUCUUCGAUCAAACAAUCAAUGGAAGGAAAACGCCUUUGUCUUUAAUUUUAAUAAAAGGGGUCCAUGUUCAGUUUGCAAAGAGCAUGUCCCAAGUGCUUUCAAGCAGUUUUUAUUAAAGGGAGAAGAUGAAGGCGCCUGCCCAAGGCCACCAGGAGUUUACGAGGUUAAUGACACCGCAGUGGGCUGGACUUUCCCAAGCGUUCCAAUCAUACCUUACGGAACCUACAGGUUCAGAGUAACGUUUGGCAUAGCUGAAAACCUUCACGGAUGCUGGGUGGCAGAUGCUAAGACUGUUCCGAAAACCAACUAGGACUGGCAGCGUUCAGGGUGAUUUUAUUGACACAGUUUUUGUCCAA